GUGUAGUUUUUGGUAAUUUGUUUUUUUUUUAACAACAUUUGCCAAUAGCUAGUUUAAACGCAGAAAACAUGGUCAGUUCGGAGCCGAAAAGACCUGCCCCAAAGGGCAACAGAUCGCCGAGCAAGCCCGCCGCCCAGGGACAGAAAUUCAAGCCCGGCGGAGCUGGCGGCGCCAGGAAAUUCGACAAAUCCGGCGGAGGACCGGGCAAAAAGUUCGACAAACCGGGAGCAGAUGGUGGCAGGAAGUUCGGCGGCGGCGGCGGCAACAGCAACAACAAGUUCCGGGGAAAGCCAGUGAAGCAGGCACAGCCACAGGCGCCGGCGGAGGGCGAGAAACAGGACUGGAACAAGUUCAAGCAGGAGAAGAAGGACCUCAAGCUGAAGCGCAAGAGCUCCAAGGACACCUACGAGAUCACCAAGGAGGCCAAGCAGAUCUACGAGAAGCUGCGAUGCCGCCGGACGGAGAACAAGGACAAGCUGGUGGAGCAGAUAUACAAGGUGCUCAACGUGGGCGACACCAUCUCGAAGGUGGUGAAGGCCCACGACACGGCCCGCGUGCUCCAGUGCAUGCUGAAGUACGCCUCGCCGGCGCUGCGGGCGGAGAUCUCCGAGCAGCUGCUGCCCUUCACCGUGGUCAUGUGCCAGUCGAAGUACGCCCAGUUCUGCGUCCAGCGGAUGCUCAAAUACGGUUCGCCGGCCACCAAAUCCAAGCUGGUGGACAGCCUGUACGGGAACAUUGUCCGUUUGGCCGGACACAGCAUUGCCAGCGGGCUGCUGGACACGAUGUACCAGGGUGCGAGCGCCCAGCAGCGCAUCCACAUGCGCCAGGAGUUCUACGGCGAUCUGUAUCGCAAGGCCAAGGAUGCGAAUGUCAGGACGCUGAGCGACACCUACAAGGAGGCCGCCAACAUGAAGGCCUCCAUUUUGGGCUCCGUGAAGGCCAAUCUGGAUCAUGUGGCCAACAAGCAGCUGGUGGACAGUUCGCUAGUGCACGCCGUCAUGCUGGAAUACCUGCGCGCCUGCGACGAGGACGAGGAGAAGCUGGAGGAGACGGUCACGGCCUUUGCGGCCCUGGUGCCCCACAUGCUGUCCACCAAGGAGGGCAGCGAGGCGGGCGUCAUAUGCUUCUACAAGUCCACGCCCAAGAAUCGCAGAGCCAUUAUUAAGAACAUCAAGGAGCAUCUGCUCAAGAUCGCCACCCACGAGCACGGCCACGUCUUCCUCAUCUCGCUGCUGAACGCCUUGGACGACACAAAGGCCACCAAGAAGGCCAUCUACGACCAUCUGCACGGCGAUCUGAAGACGCUGGUGGGCAAUCAGUACGGCCGCCGAGUGGUACAAUGGCUCGUGGCUCCCGGGGAUACCACCUGCUUCCAUCCGGAGUUUAUUCGCGUCGUCGACGAGGGCCUGGCGUUCGGCAAAAAGGAGAAGGAGCUGCGCCGCAAGGAGAUCUUCGAGCAGAUCGAGGCGCCCAUUGCACAGACCAUCGCCGAGGAGGCCGCCUUCUGGCUCUCCAAUAGCCACAUUGGCCUGGUCACCGCCGACAUUCUAAAUCACAUUCAGGGCGAAUCGUAUGAGCAGGCGGCCAAGGCACUCGCCCAGGUGAUCGCCCAGCCGGAUUGGCGCAUUUCAGCCGAUGCCGCUGGCCCAGUGCCGCAGGACAAGAAGAAGCCGCACAAUGAUGUGGAGGCCAUCAUAGCCGAGGCCACCAAACAGCGCAGGAAAUUGCUAAAUGCCGACAGCAGCAGCAGCAGCGAGGGUGAAGAGGAUGAAGAUGAGGCGGCAGAAGAUGCAGAGGAGGAAGAGGGCGAGAAGGGCGAACCGCAGGUGAAGAAAACCAAAAAGGAGGCCAAGAAAUCAAAGGCUAAGAAGGAGGAGCCCACUGAGCCGGCGGCUCCGCUGGUCACCGGCAUCGAGGAGGCCGGCAUGCACAUUGUGCUGAAGAAGAUCCUCAAGAACGAUGGCAAACGCGAGGGCCAUCCCUUCAGCCAACAGCUCCUGCAAAGCUUGUCCGCCGAUGUGCUCAAAGUCUGGCUGGGCGUCAACCGCUCCUGUUUCGUCCUGCUGAAGCUGGUGGAGGAGAGUCCCGCGCUGCUCGGCGACUGCAAGAAGGCCAUCGCGGCGGAGAAGAGCCUCGGCCAGACGCUGGCCAACCAGAAGACGCUCGGCGCCAAGCUGCUGGCGGCCAAACUGAACAUUGGCAAAUGAAAAUGAAAACGAAAACGAAAACGCAAACACCCCGUUUUCUCUUUUAGCUUAGACGAAAAAAAACCUAACAUUUUAAAAUACAUAAUUCUAUAUUGAAAUGGC